UAUGCUGUUCAGUUGCAAAACCGAGCCAACAAUGAGGGUGUGCAUUUAUAUAGCAUCCUCAACAUAAAAUGCCUUAAGGUGCCUCACAGCAACAUUAUCGAGGGCAAUGAGGAAGAGAAUGCCGGAGCUUGAGGGACGAGUAACUGAAGGCAAACAAAAUGCACGGGGGAGGAAUGUCACAGCCGGCUGUCACAGAGUUUAUCCUCAAGACCCUCUGUUCCAACCAGGGCUCGUUGGAUUAUAACACUGUUCUGGAGAAAGUUGCCAGUCGUUUUGGUACUUCAGGGGCGGACGUGAACCAGGUCCUGUACAACACUCAACACUUUGCUGUGGUGAAAGGCUUGGGAGCAGCAGGUACCAGUAUGACUCCGGGCAGUCGGGUCAUUGCAGUCACCUCAGUCAGAAUGUGCAAGAACUACCCGAAGAAGGACUGUGAGGGCUGCAGCAAACUGCACCUCUGCCGACGCUUUGUGUACGACGACUGCAGAGCAGCUAAAACCAAGAAAAUCUGCACAAAUUCUCAUGACAUCCUGUCCGUCCACAAUGGUGCAAUCUUGAGUCAGAAUGGACUUCGCAAUCUGGACAUCAAAGAAUUGCGUCAGCUUCUGUUGCAGAACGAUCCCACACUGCUGCCCCAAGUCUGUGCCUUUUACAACAAGGGGAACGGCCCCUUUGGCUCUUGCAACUACAAACAGUCUUGCAAUAAGCUUCACAUCUGCCUUCAGUAUGUUCUGGGUGCCUGUCCACUGGGAAGCCAAUGCUGGCGAUCCCACAGCUUCCUGGAAAGCCGGAGUUCGCUGGAGAAUUGCCGAUUGAACAUCGAACUGAUCUGUGAUCUGUGUUCCAUUUAUCGUAACAUCUGUGAAAUCCGGAGAAGGGAAGCUGCUGCUGACAAAAUUAAGGGACUUUCACUCAGCCGCUCCAUCAGUGAGCCCAACACUAAUGUGGACAGUGAGGAGAUCUGCUUGUUCUUCCUAAGGAAGCACUGCUCCUUUAAAGAUCGGUGUAAACUGGUGCACUUCAGGCUUCCUUAUCGAUGGCAGGUUUAUGAGGCAGGGUGGAAAGAUCUCCCAGACAUGGAGCAGAUUGAAAAGGAUUACUGUAAUCCCCAAUUCUCAGGCAGCAGAGCUGGACCCCCAGCCAUUAAUUUUAUGACCAUGACCAACAACUUGAACAAGGUGAGGCGUCUGUCCACUGUCUCGUCCGUCACCGAACCUCAGCACUACACCAUAACCACUGAAUGGCUUUGGUACUGGCAGGCUAACACUGGAGAGUGGAUUGAAUACGGUAAACAGGAAGAUUCCAAUGCUGCUUCCUUAAUCACAUCAGCUGACCUGGAGAACCUGUAUUUGGCAAAUAGCAAGGAGAAAGCAGAAUUCCAGAUAGACAGGCAUUACUACACAGUGGACUUUGAAGCAAUGAUCCAGAGGAACACGCUUCUCGGAACGUGCAGGGAAGUCCGGAGAAGACCUCGGUUUAUGUCGAAGCAGGAAAUGGAAAGGCAGAUGUACAGUAAUAACAAGAUUAAAGAUGAACCAGCUCAAAGCACGGCCAUUCCAACACAUUGGGAAAUGUCAGCUCAGCCAACUUAUGGGUAUAAGGUAAAGGACCAUCAAGCUGAUGGAACAUUGCAAUUCAUGUCACACUCUCUAUUCUGCAGGAGAAGAACAGAAUUUGAGCUUGUUCGAGUGCUCGAGUCUUCAGAGGAAUAUAAACAGGUGCAGACCCUCUUUCAGAGGACCAUGAAGAACAGCGUCAUCCAGAAAAUUGAGCGAGUCCAAAACCUGGCUCUUUGGGAAGUCUUUCAAUGGCAGAAGGAACAAAUGAAGAAAAAAAAUUGUGGUAAAGCAGUGGAUGAGAGGCAGCUUUUCUAUGGCUGGGAUUCCUCACCUAUUUCAACGGUUCUCAAGGAGAACUUUGACUGGAGGACAUGUGGGACACAUGGCGAAGGAUAUGGGAAAGGGAGUUACCUGGCCAGAGAUGCAUCCUACGCCGACAAUUAUUUCUCCUCCGCCACAGCAGCCAUGAAGACUAUGUUUCUGGCAAGGGUCCUGGUUGGCCAGUUUUUCAAAGGAAAGGCACAAUAUCGUCGGCCACCUUCAAAAGACGGCUCGUAUACCAAUCUGUAUGACAGCUGCACUGACGAUGGCUGCAACCCAUCAGUCUUCGUCAUAUUUGAGAAGCACCAGAUCUAUCCAGAGUACGUCAUUGAAUACAGCAACAAAGUUGGCUUCUUCCAAUGGAUAAUGGGAGUAAUGUCAGGAAAGUCAGCGUCAGCCAAGUGAUAGCAGCUUGUAUGUCCAUCCUCUGUGCUGCUGUUUACACAUUCAAUAGCCUAAUCAAGGUGUUCUUAAUUCAGUUCAUCAAUGCUUUACAGUUAACCAUUAAUCAUUCCAAAUGGGCAUUCAAUCAAUCGGAACAAUCAAAAUUAUCAUUUUGUUGUUGGUGACUAUACAAUAAGCAAUCAAAUCAUUUACAAUAACUACACUUACAACCUCAUCAAUGUUGCUAUUAGCUUUGUAUUCAUGUUGACAGUAUGCUGAAACCUUAUAAAUCAUUGGUUACUGUAUAAAACAUUGGCUAUGAAAGAGUUAAAUGUUCAUGUUGCAGCAAAUCCACCCAAUCUGAUAAUAUCACAGUCUUUUGGUACAGACAGUUAAGUUCUGCAUGGGUAAUUGAAGGGAGCUGAUGCAUUCAGUACACCUCCUGAGAGCCUUUAUAGUGUUUAUGCCUGACUAGUAAUGUAAUUAACACUUAUUGAUAUCAUGGAAUAAAUCAUCUUGUUAACUAAGA